UCCUGGUGGACAAGGAAAGCUCCCCCCGACUACAGCUAGGUUUGCAGUGGGAUGGAUGGAGUGACGACACUGCCUGAGCCAUGAAAGCAGAAUUUGACAUGACGAUUGCUGGGAAGACUCUGUGUGUCUCUCUGCUGCUCAUCAUUGCCAAGCUCAUGGGAACAGUGGGGAACAUCAGAGAGGAAACAGCAGCAGUGGGAGGCAGCUUAGUGCUGACCUGCCCUAACAAAUCAGAGGUACUUUUGGUAACCUGGAAAAUAAAGCCCAAGGCUGGAGGCCACUGCAUCUUGGGAUACAGAGCUGACUGGAAGCAGUCAAACAGAACAAACUGCACUGAGAACAUAACCUGGAAAUCAGGACCAGAGCACGACCCUGCCCUUCAGAUACAGCCUGUGCAAAGAGCCAGUGAGGGAAAUUACACCUGUGAGACGGCUGCUGGGGCUGGGAAUUUCCACAUGACCUACCACCUGACUGUGCUAGUGCCCCCCAAGGUGGCCGUGUACUGCGACAGCCGCGGGAACCCCGUGUGCCAGGCAGCGGCGGGGAAGCCGCCCGCUCGCAUCUCGUGGGUGCCGCGGAGCAGCUCCAGCCCCGAGCACGAAGACCUCGGUGACGGCACAGCGACCGUUCGCAGCACCUUUAUGGGAAAUGGCUCCGACGUGAAAAAUGCCACCUGCCUUGUGUCCCACCCAGCUAUGAACCACAACCAGUCUGUAGCCUGCGGCUCAA